CACUCUGUACCAUAUAUAUGUGUAUGAGUGUACAGAUAUAUAUAUAUCAUCUGCAGACAGUUUGUGCAGCACUCUGUACCAUAAUUUAGGGUUUGUGUGAAUUAAAGAGAGGAAAUAUUUAAGAAUGUGGAGGUUAAAAAUUGCUGAGGGAGGUGAUGAUCCAUACUUGUACAGCACAAACAAUUAUGUAGGGAGGCAGAUAUGGGAGUUUGAUUCUGAAGCUGGAACUCCUGAAGAGCGAGCUGAGGUUGAAGACGCUCGCGAGAAUUUCUGCAAAACUCGGAAUCAAAUCAGGCCUUGUGGCGAUCUUCUCUGGCGAAUGCAGUUUCUGAAGGAGAAAAAUUUCAAGCAAACAAUACCACCUGUGAAGGUCGAGGAUGGUGAAGAAAUCACAUAUGAGAAGGCCACGGCUUCCUUAAGAAGGGCCGUUCACUACUUUGGGGCCUUGCAGGCCCACGAUGGUCAUUGGCCCGCUGAAAAUGGUGGCCCAUUGUUCUUCCUCCCUCCCUUGGUGAUGUGUACAUACAUCACAGGAUAUCUAGAUGUCGUCUUCCCUAAAGAGCAUUGUAAAGAAAUCCUUCGCUACUUAUACAACCAUCAGAAUGAAGAUGGUGGAUGGGGAUUACAUAUAGAGGGUCACAGCACAAUGUUCUGCACAUGUCUGAGCUACAUUUGCAUGAGAAUUCUGGGAGAAGGACCUGAAGGUGGUAAGAAUAAUGCCUGCGCAAGAGCUCGAAAAUGGAUUCAUGACCAUGGUGGUGUCACAUACAUACCUUCUUGGGGAAAGACUUGGCUUUCGAUUAUUGGUUUGUUCGAUUGGUCCGGGACGAACCCAAUGCCCCCAGAGUUCUGGCUCCUUCCUUGGUUUCUCCCAAUGCAUCCAGCAAAAAUGUGGUGUUAUUGUCGAUUGGUUUAUAUGCCAAUGUCAUAUUUAUAUGGGAAGAGAUUCGUGGGUCCGAUCACUCCGCUGAUUUUAGAAAUGAGAGAAGAACUCUACAAUAUUCAACCAUUCAACCAAAUUAACUGGAGAAAAGUUCGCCAUUUAUGUGCAAAGGAGGAUCUAUACUACCCUCAUCCAUUGAUACAAAACUUGAUGUGGGACAGCUUGUAUGUGCUUACGGAGCCUCUACUCACCCGUUGGCCGAUGAACAAGUUGAUUAGAGACCAUGCUCUUGCGGUAACAAUGAAGCACAUCCAUUAUGAAGAUGAAAACAGUCGAUAUAUAACUAUAGGAUGUGUUGAAAAGGUUCUAUGUAUGCUUGCUUGUUGGGUUGAAGAUCCAAAUGGUGAUGCCUUCAGAAAACAUCUCGCCCGGAUCCCCGAUUACUUGUGGGUUGCAGAAGAUGGAAUGAAAAUGCAGAGUUUUGGCAGCCAAGAGUGGGAUGCUGGUUUCGCCAUUCAAGCUUUGCUUGCCACCAAUCUCACCGAUGAAAUACCACAUAUACUUGAAAGAGGGCAUGACUUCAUAAAGAAAUCUCAGGUGAGAGACAAUCCUUCUGGUGACUUCAAGAGCAUGCACAGGCAUAUUUCCAAGGGAUCUUGGACUUUCUCUGACCAAGACCAUGGAUGGCAAGUUUCUGAUUGCACUGCAGAAGCUUUGAAGUGUUGUUUGCUAUUCUCAAUAAUGCCACCGGAAAUUGUUGGUGAGGAGAUGGAGCCUCACAGAUUAUAUGAUGCUGUCAAUGUUUUGCUUUCUCUUCAAAGUAAAAAUGGAGGUGUAUCAGGUUGGGAACCAGCAGGGGCUCAAGAAUGGUUAGAAUUUCUGAAUCCCACGGAGUUCUUCGCGGACAUCGUCGUUGAACACGAGUAUGUCGAGUGUACCUCAUCGGCGAUGCAAGCUUUAGUAUUGUUCAAGAAGUUGCACCCUCAGCACAGGAAGAAGGAGAUUGAAAUGUACAUUGAGAAUGCUGUCAAAUACCUGGAGAAUGUGCAAAUGCCUGAUGGUUCAUGGUAUGGGUGUUGGGGAGUUUGCUUCACAUAUGCUACAUGGUUUGCACUUCUAGGCCUAGCAGCUGCUGGUAGGAGAUACUACAAUUGUGCCGCUGUACGAAAAGGGGUUGAUUUCCUUCUUAGGACUCAAGGCGAGAAUGGCGGUUGGGGUGAGAGCUAUCUUUCAUGCCCACAAAAGAAAUACAUCCCUCUUGAAGGUGGUCGAGAGAACUUGGUACAUACGGCAUGGGCAACGUUGGGUUUGCUUCACUCUGGUCAGGCUGAAAGAGACCCGACACCUCUUCAUCGUGCUGCGAAAUUGAUAAUCAAUUCUCAAUUGGAGAAUGGUGAUUUCCCACAACAUGAAUGCACUGGUGUGUUCAUGAGGAACUGCAUGCAACACUAUGCUGCUUAUAGGAAUAUAUUUCCAUUGUGGGCAUUAGCAGAGUAUCGAAAAAGAGUCCUCUAUAAUCAAUAAUAUAUAUAUACACACACACACGUUAUGGAGACAAUUGUAAAUUAUUAUAAGUGUGAUUACUUUCUUUUUUUGGGGUGACAUUUUGGUAUUGUAUAAUUUCAUAAUUGAAAUUACUGAAAUUACAUUGUGGCUUAUAUCUUAUUUGUACAAAGGCGUGUCGUCUUAAUCUUAAUCACGUUAAAUGUGUGUCUCACUUAAUAAUAUCGUGAUUC